AUUGAUUAUCAGAUUUAAAUAAAAUGGCAUCUCUUGAAGAUUUAAAAAAUGUAUUGAAAGAUACAUUGAAUCAUCGUGGUGUUCUUAAUCAAAUUCGAGCCCGUAUUCGAGCAGAAGUGUUUAGUGCAUUAGAUGAUAAAACAGUACCACCUCCAGUUCUAUCCAAUGAAAAUCUACUUAUAAAUGAGCUUAUUAGAGAAUAUUUAGAAUUUAAUAAAUACAGAUAUACAGAAGCUGUGCUGCUCUCUGAAUCCGGACAGCCCAAAGAGCCUAUUGAUAGAGAGUUUCUUGCUAAUGAGCUUCAUAUAAGGGAAGAUAGUACUUCCUCAAAGUUACCAAUUUUAUAUGGACUUAUUUCAUCGUUUCUCCAGCAAAAGCAGUAUAAAAAUGAAUUGCCAGUUCAAGAUAUACCACAACCAAACUAUUUGAAAUCGUCUUUGAAAAAAAAGUCAAAUGAAUUUUCAGAAUGUUCUGAAGAAAAUAGCUUAAUCCAUGGAAAAGGACUGAUUUUCCACUCCAAGAAAUGAAAAUAGUUAAAUCCAUGGAAAAAGAUUGAUUUUCCACUCUAAGAAAUGGAAAUAAAGAAACUAAAAUGUUUUUUUUGUUUUGUUUUGUUUGUUUGGUCUUUCUUUUUAUUUUAA